AUGGUGAGUGCGAUAUACCCGCUACCUCAUGCUGCCGGGCUUCUACGCUCUUCAACAGCCUGCUACAAGAUGCUCGCCCUGCGGAAGCUGCUCCCAGCCUCCCCGUCGCUAGGGCACGCUUCCGCAACGACUCCGCUGUUAGCAGACGACCGGCGCCGGUUGUCUGCCGACUCGGCAAUGUCCGACUCCGAAGACGAUGCCCUCCGCGGCGACGCCCCUUCCACCCACUCCGGCCGGUCGUGGCACCUCCGACUGCGCGAGACCCUGAUCUUCAUCUGGGCGCUUCUCGCCACCGCCGGGGUGCUCAUCCUGGCCGUCUGGAUGUCCCACAAGUCGCAGACCAACCUCGAGAAGCCCAGCGGCAAGCGGAACCUGAUCUUCAUGGUCUCGGACGGCAUGGGCCCCGCCUCGCUCUCGCUCACACGGUCCUUCCGGCAGUACACCGAGGGCCUGGAGUUCGGGGAUACCUUGACCCUGGACAAGCACUUCUGGGGCAGCAGUCGCACCCGCAGCGCCUCAUCCCUGGUUACAGAUUCGGCCGCCGGGGCCACAGCCUUCAGCUGCGCCCGGAAGAGCUACAACGGCGCCAUCUCCAUGCUGCCAGAUCAGACUCCCUGCGGCACAGUCCUGGAGGCUGCCAAGCGAGCUGGUUUCAUGACCGGCCUCGUAGUGACGACCGACAUCACCGACGCGACCCCCGCUUGCUUCUCGGCGCACGUGGACGUGCGCGAGCAGGAGGACGAGAUCGCGCUCCAGCAGGUCGGCGAGGGUCCUCUCGGUCGAGUGGUGGAUUUGAUGUUCGGUGGCGGAAGAUGCCAUUUCCUCCCCAACACCACUCAGGGGAGUUGCCGAGCCGACGACAUUGAUGUCGUGGGCAUUGCUCAGGAGAAGCACGAGUUCACCUACGUCGAUGACCGUGCUGGAUUCGACGAGUUCUGGGAGGGCAGAAGCGACGUCCCCCUCCCAAUGCUAGGACUCUUUGCGCCCACCGACAUUCCUUUCGAGCUAGACCGCCGCAACAUGGACGAUGUGUACCCGAGCUUGAGUGAGAUGGCCAAGACCGCCAUUAAGGCCCUGGAGAAGGCGACGGCCAACAGCGACAAGGGAUUCUUUCUCAUGAUUGAAGGCAGCAGGAUUGACCAUGCAGGCCACAUCAACGACCCGGCCGCUCAGGUUCGAGAGGUCCUCGAGUACGACAAGGCAUUCAAAAUUGUUGUAGAUUAUCUGGAAGAGAGCAAGACACCGGGCGUUUUGGUUGCAACAAGUGACCAUGAGACUGGUGGCCUCUCCGUUGCCAGACAGCUCACCCCAGAGUACCCGGAUUACCUGUGGUAUCCUGCCGUUCUGGCCAAUGCCUCGUCAUCUUCGCUAUAUCUUGCACACAAACUACAUGAACAUUUGGCAUCACUUCCCGCAAGCGACGCGCAAUCAGAUAAAGAUCUCAAGACUUACAUCAAAGAGUUGAUUGUUUCAGAUUUGGGCAUUCUGGAUGCCUCGGACGAAGAGGUUUCCACGAUUGCCAAGUACCCGGUGGCCGCGCAACCGUUGUUUGCGAGGAUGGUCAGCACUCGCGCGCAGAUUGGCUGGAGCACCCACGGCCAUUCAGCCGUAGAUGUCAACAUCUACAGCUCGGGCGGGCCUGGCACAGACGCAAUCAGAGGAAACGUUGAGAACACAGACGUCGGCAAGUUUUUGCGAGAAUAUAUCGAUGUAGACGUCGACGCCAUCACUCUGGAGCUGCGGGAGAAGAUGGAGCGUAGACCGAAGACCACCGCGGCUGCGGCUGCCAAGGUUGAGAGUUUGGGGCAGGACCAUUGGGCCAGUCAUGAGGAUAUGGUCCGGCACCUGGAGCAGGAGGGAGUCGAGCUGUUUUGA